GCUGCCCUGCGAUCCAUCAGACUUUCAUGAUAUUCUAAAUUCUAUGCUUCGGGAGGUACUGCUGCGUCAUGAUGUACCCAUUGUGAACUUAGCAACUAACAUGCAUAACAACUGCUUUUCCUCAGUAGGACCCAGACAACCUCGUCUAUGAGCGUGCUGCAUUACAAAGAAAAUGCCAGCACCGAAGCCCACCGAUGAGAAGUACACUUUCGACAUCGUUGUAAGUCGAGGUAUGUUCCGUAUCGGAACAUAUCCCCGUGCAAUUUUCCUGAACAAAAGAAUGGCCAAAAAAGGGGAUCGCAAUGGAUUCACGCGUCGUUGUUAAUCUGCCAUGUGAUAUCGAUGAGUGGCACUUAAUAUGAUAACGUUUACCGUAAGUACAGUGGCAAGUCUCAUAUUAUAUCAGGUCUCCCCUUCUCCUCCUUUCCGUCGACGUCGGAAUGUCUUGCUCCGUUUGUCUAGAGACUCGCGAUGCCUGGUCGCGUAUUGACCCUUGUGGUCAUGUCUACUGUGACGAUUGCAUUCGCCGCCUGCCAUCCGCUCGAUGUCCAGGGUGUAGAAUUCCGUUUAAUCGAGCGCAUAUCCAGAAAACCUUCCUUCCGUCAUCUCCACACGGAGAUGCCGUAGCUGAACUGCAGCAAUUAAAGGCCAUAAUCCGCAACAAUGAAGCUCGCAGAGUUUCUGAAAUGGACGAUGUGCACAGACGUUUGGAGGUAGUGGAGACAGAUUUGUCGCAAUGGAAAGCGAGAGCCCUCAGUCUGCAAACUCUGCUACGUGAUGUUAGCGUAUUGUUUGCAAGGGCGCAGUCUCCUUUCAGUCAUAUGCAAGAGAUGGCUCCCGCUUCACAGGCUUCUCCUCCUUCGACGUCUCUAAGCCACUCCUCGGAAGAGAUUUCACCAACGCCUCCUCAACCUCGUUCACAAGACAUGCAGCAUCCGUCUAUUCUUUCGACUGAGGUGCAAGUACACCCGUCUUCAAGGCUCCCACAAGAGGCACCCUCUCGACCUGAGAGACAGUGGAUCACAAUCCCAUAUGACAACAGCUCUGCACAUCGGAGACGUGCAAUACCAGUAAUACGUCCUGGUCCCUACCCUGAACGGCUUUAAUCAUGUACAAUAUGGUUAGCGAUUACUGUAUCAUUGUACUUAUUGAGAUAUCUCACAAUCCCCAAU